AAUUUUUUACCCACCCCACCACAUGCCACCCCACGCCUUUUGGCCUUGUUAAAGCAGGUUUAAAAAUGGUUGAUCAGGUUGCUGGUUAGAGCAAUAUAAAACCAAAGCGCAUAAGGGGUUAAGAUUUAAAUAGAGAUGGAGCAUUAGCAAAGGAAUCUUGUGUUUAUAUAUGUAAAAGCUUUCUUUGUUUGGUGUCAUUUUGGAAUACUAAAGCCUCUUGUCCUUUCAAAUUGCUUUAAUUCUGUCUUCUUCUACUUCACUAAUUUGUUCUUGAGUUCAGUUCAAUUUCAUGGCGUUUCUCUUAGUAGACAGUUUACCACACAAGAAUAGCAGAUUUUGUAUCGCGAUUAAGGCCUUGGAGCUUCUGCUUUUAUCAGCAGGACUUAUUUCUACUCUGCUGAUGGUUAAAGGAUCCUUGAUGCCUUAUUCGUGUGAAAUGGUUGUUUCGAGUCUAGUGGGAUUUUGGAAGUUCUGCAAAUGCUUCUUGUCUUCUCAUCUCUACAUAUGCAUAAUCAUCAACUUCAUGGUCUUGUUGAUAGCAGCUUCUUCCUGUCUACAACGACACGAAACUGAUAAUCAUGAUGCUGGUGUUGAUGUUGACGAGGAUAUGCAAAUCGAUAAAUCUCCUUUGGUAUCACCGCCACCAGCACCACCACCACAGCUCCAGAAUCAGAACCAGAAUCGGGAUUUUACUGAAAUGGUAGCGCCACCACCAACGACGGAAGCGAAGACAACUUUAUACCAAGGAUCAUUUACUGAUGAAGGUUUAGCUGAAACUAUAGAGAGAGCCAUGAAAGAGGAGAAAGAGGUACAGUUAGAAAAUAAUGAAGAAGAAGAUACAAUGGAGGCAACAUGGAUGGCAAUAACUGGUGGAGGAAAACAUAAGGCUACAAAGGAGCAACUGAAGAAGAGUGAGACAUGGAACAUGGCACCACGAAGGAGGGCAGUGGCAAUGGCAGUAGCAGUGCAAAGCCUCGACCCGGAGGAAUUGUUGCCAUCAAUUCCAGCAUCUUGGAAAGAGCUAAGGAAAUCAGAGACGUUUAACGACGCAUUUUCAAUAAGGCAACGAGGUGGUUUAAGGAGGGAUCCUUCAAUGAGUGUGGAUGAAUUCAACAAACAAGUCGAGGCCUUCAUCAAGAAAUUCAAUGCCAGUAUGCGGUUACAAAGGCAAGAAUCCGAUCAGAGAUUCAAAGAUAUGAUCAAUCGAGGACUGUAGAUUCUACUAAUCACUUAUUGCGUGUUUGGAUUGAUCUGAUGAGUGAAAUAGUCAAGAUUGUUCUUCUCUUUCUUUGUUCAUGUUGAGUACUAUCCUAUCCUUCGUACCAAACAUGCCAUUAAUCUGUCUAAUAUCACCACGUCUCAUUAAUUUUGCUAUUCCUUUCAUCAGGUGACAUUAUGUAUUUCUUUUUUUUACUGUGUGCGCUUUGUGUAUGCAUUUCAAUAAUCAAGAUUGUAGAAUCUUUCUAUAUUGUACUAUAUAAUUGAUGUUUGCCAAUGCUUUUUAUAUGUAUAAAAUAAAUUCUGAAUGUAUUAACAUU